AUGCCCGCCGUCAAUCCUCCUUUCGAGCCAACCCAGGGUAACGUCACUUGGACCCUGGCACCCAGGGGCCCACUCCGGCUUCUAUUCAACAUCAGCGUCGCUAUCGCGGCACUUUCACUCGCUCUUGCACUGAGUUUCGCGGCUCGUUCGAAGAGGAUAAAAAGACGAUCGAGGCAGGUCUCCGGCCUGUUGGACGAGAAAAACAUCAGCUCCCAACGCUACGUUUCGGGAAUCUGGGGAAGGUCACGUGGAGUCAGCAACGGUGUUGUGACGAUUAUGUCGGCCAACCAGCGGCCGUCUUCUUCUGAGCUAGAGGCGGGCAUCGGGCACGAGCAGAAGAGUGACAAGGAAUCGGCACCGUGGUCAUUGGAAGCUAAAGACGGGGUUCGUAUGGAGGACCACCGCGGUAAUGAGAUGGUAAUGGCCAUGAGACAACAUCUAGAAUCACGUCCAGCACCGCCGCCGCCGUUGACUCCUCCAACACUGUCGACGGCCAUAUUCCCAUUUGAAGAUCGACGCCUAACCGAAUCCCGAUUAUACUUCAUCCUCCUCGUCCUCAUCGGUGCUUCCAAAGCAAUGCGAUUCUCCUAUCAUUCCAAGGCGCAGGUCUUAUACAAAAACCUUACCUCUUGGACCACCUCAGCCGGUUUCUAUCCUGGAAGACGAUGGCAGUAUAACUUCCUUCUCACCAAGCUCGUUUCCUUCCUCGAGUCCAACUCUACCUUUGGCUCCACAUGA